UGUUUCAUUUCCAUGGAGGGAUCCAUAGGCCUAAGAAAAGGUGCAUGGGCUAAGGUGGAAGAUGACCUUCUAAGAGCUUGUGUUGAACAAUAUGGAGAAGGAAAGUGGCACCUAGUUCCUUCUAGAGCGGGGUUGAACAGAUGCCGCAAAAGUUGUAGACUGAGAUGGUUGAAUUAUCUGAAACCAAAUAUAAAGCGUGGAGAGUUCUCUGAAGAUGAAGUUGAUCUCAUGAUUAGAAUGCACAGACUUUUGGGAAACAGAUGGUCCUUAAUUGCUGGAAGACUUCCGGGAAGAACGCCAAACGAUGUGAAGAAUUACUGGAACACCUAUGUUCGAAGGAAUAAUAAGCACACUUCAUCAUCAUCAUCAGUACCCUCUCCUUCAUCAGUGGUGACGACAGUGAAACGUCAUGACCAUAUUAAUCAUCAGGUAAUAAAACCUCAUCCCCGAACUUUCUCGAAAGCAUCGCCAUGGUUAUUAUUAAAGAAAACAUCUACAAGUGGUUAUCAUAAUAAUAACAAGCAGAGGGAUGGGGCCAAGGCAGAAGAAGAGUGCACCGAUAAUAAUAAUAAUAAUAAUGAUAAUAAUGGUUCUGGUGGUGGAUGUGAUGAUGGGAACACGUGUCGGAACAAGAACGGUGGCAAAGGGGAUGAAGAGAAGUUGAACGACGGAUGCUUACUCUCAGUCUCAGGUGCUGAGGAAGAAGAAGAAGAAGAAGACUGGAAGCUGCUUUUACCUGACUUCAAUUGGGAUGCUCAUAAUGAUGAUCACUUCUUGAAGGACGCUUCUGAUGCUGACCACGAUAUGCUUAUUAAUGUCCAUGGUCAAACUUGGAGUGAUAUCCUUCUUGAUAUCAAUUUGUGGGAUCCACAAUAA